AUGACCCAGCUUGCUGGAGGGAAACUUGGGGACAUCGGUGAAUACAGGAAUAGGAAGGACCCGAGGAGAAGCAGUAAAGGAGCGUACUCCUUUGUCAAGAUCUUGGUGAAUAGUCUUUUGCUGUGCAAUCGUGUCUUAGAAAUUGUUUUACUUAUUAUCAUAUUCAUGUUUGGCUGGAUGCUUUUUGUUGGAUUUGCAUGUUACAUGGGCACAUUUCCAGAGUUCGUGCCUCCAACUCUGAAGUGGAAAGAGAGGUAGGCUGUUCAGGAGAGCAAGACACACCCGAGGAGCCGGACUUUGGAUGAAGAUCUGCAGCUGAACAAUGUGGAAGGGAUAUAGGUAUCCCCCAGGAGGGACCCCGGUGGAAAUAAGCAAAGAUGAUCCUGGUGAAGUAAUGCAGCUCUGAAGCUUUCCUGACCUGCUGUACUGUUCCUGUUGGCUUCACAUAAAGUAAUUGCAUACCAUUUUGUCACAUUUUAUGUAACAAGUUACCACACUUUUAAAGAUGAAGACUUGGUAUUCUGUAAGCUCAAAACAGGGAGAUGGGGCUUCCCUGGUGGAGCAGUGGUUGAGAGUCCGCCUGCCGAUGCAGGGGACACGGCUUCGUGCCCCGGUCCGGGAAGUUCCCACGUGCCGCGGAGCGGCUGGGCCCGUGAGC